AAAUGUAUAAGUCCAGUAUUUACUCCUUUUGGCCUUUUUUAGUAUCCACAAACCGCUGAGAGAAAUAUCUGGCUCCUUAGCUGCUAAAUGAUCCACUUUCUUCACCAGCUAGAGUUGCUUUCAUGGCAAAGUUACAUGGCUCAAAUCUUCAACCCCACUGGACAGGUCAGUUUGCCCAGCGGUGGUUGCUUAAGAAAUAGCUUGAACACUGUUCCUAAAAUCAAAAUGUCAAAUUUUUACAUUCAGAUGCAAUUGUAAAUUAAGACAGCUGUGACGUGUCAGUGGGUGUAUUUUGUCACUUUUGGAGCUAGGCUAGCAGUUUCUAUGUGGUUCUAGUCUAUACGCUAAGCUAGGCUAAACAUAUUCUUCCUCUUUACUAAUUGCAAGAAAUGACCUUUAUCAUAUUGAACUUGUUAUGUGAAAGGGAUUUAUGGACAGCAAGUGUAGCUCAGUCAAUUUAAUUUAGCAAUUAGCAAGGCACUUCUAACUGCUCUUGUGAAACAGUCAGUGAACUCAUAAUGGGCUAAAUUGCUCUGCAUGUCUGUUGGCAACUGUGUCUACUUCAGUUAUUAUGCAAUGUACGGAUGAAGCCUAUAUACUGCGGAUAGCAGUAAUUUGGAGGAAAUUGUUUUAUGAUGGUUUGUUGCAGUUGCAUGCUGGGAGAAUUUAAAGUCCAGGCGUUAUCGCUUAGAAAUGGAGAAGAGGUCAGAGUCAACUAGCAAAGACUCUCCAGGUUACGUUCAGGGCUUCACAUUGAUCCGGUGGAAGAGGGGGAAAGAGAAGAUGUUACAUUUGAGGAGCUCGGCCCUCAUUCUGCUGUUGAGUCUGCAGUUUGUGGCUAGUUAUUGGGCUCUUCCAUGUCAGGCUCCUGAAAGGAAGUGUGACUUUGUAUGUGACUGUUCUGACUGCAGCGAUGAGCAAGACUGUGGCUACAGAGGAAAAGGGUUUGAGUGUGACUUUGAGGAAGCAGGAAUGUGUGGAUGGACGGACCAGUCCUUAAAUACAGCAGUGUACAGCUGGGAGAAACGUCAGAGGGGGGACACACUGCACGACAGCGGGCCGUCCUCUGACUACACCACCGGGACAGCUACAGGUUCCUUUAUGGGAGUGAGUGCGGUGAGGACAGAGUCUGUCAGUACUGCAGUUUUAAUCUCUCCAGAGAUGAAACAGUCUUCACCAACCUGUCGCUUUCGUCUCAGAUAUUUCCUGUGGGACUCAGGUCACACAGGUCUGGGCUCCACACCCUUGUGGGCAUCCGUCCUUCACCAGGACUCUCUAGAGGCCGUGGUGUGGCGUCCUGAGGCCACCAGUGUCCGUGGCUGGAGGGAGGCUACCAUCUUUCUGGGCCGUAUUCCCACAACCUUCCGAAUCCGUCUUUACUCGCAGCGCUCCGAUGGGCGAAGGGGAGAUGUGGCGGUAGACCAGCUGGAGUUUCUGGACUGUGCUCUGCCAUUACCACUCCCUGGGAAAGAGUGUCCAGCAGAGAUGAUGGAGUGUAGGCGUGAGGGCUGCGUGGAGCGUCGACAGGUCUGCGACGGCAGCGACGACUGCGGUGACGGGACUGAUGAGGAGGGCUGCGGAGAGUACCGGCUCUGUGACUUUGAGGAGGGCCUGUGUGAUUGGGACCUGACUUCACUGUCCAGACUAAAAUGGGUAAGGACGAAUCAGGAGAACAUCUCCAUCACGGAUCCUCUGAAAGGACCAGGCAGGGAUCAUUCCAACAACAGUGCAACAGGUCACUUCCUAUAUGUCACUGUCCCUGAUGGUGGUCUCACAAAUGACUGGGCCGCUUUCCAAAGUCCCCGCCUUGAACCCACCAAUAGUUCCCAUCCUUGCAAGAUGGUGAUGUACACUCACCAGUUUGGGCCGAGGUCUGGCGGUCUGACGGUGCUGGUGGCAGAUCGUAGCAUCUACCCGGUCUGGGAGCGGGCCGGAGCCCUAGGCGAUGUUUGGGUGAAGGCAGAGGUGGAGAUUGUCACCAACUCCACUUUCCAAAUUGUAAUAAUGGCAGCAGUCAGGGAUUUUACAUAUGGAGGUAUCGCUGUCGACAGCAUUGUGCUGUCUCCUGAAUGUCGCUUAUCAUCUGAAAAUAAUACCUGGGCAAACUUCCCUAAACCUCCUAAACACCCGUGUACUGAACCGGACAAGAUGUGUGAUUUUAAUCGUGACUGUGCAGGAGCAGAGGAUGAAGCCAAAUGUGGGGAUUUCUCUUACACCGAGGGCAGCUCAGGCUGGACUGACUCCAGCAUUGGGAGUCAAGGUUGGGUGCUAUAUGAAAAUUCCACAUCCAAAGAGGACUACCUGUAUGUAGCCGAGGCCCCAGGCCAGCAGCUGACCGAUGCCCAGACACGGACCCCCCUCCUGGGCCCCUCCGGGCCAGCCUGCACCCUCAGCUUUGAUUUUGCACUGACUGGGAAUCCAGAUCACAUUGGUGAGCUGUCCGUCAGGGUGAUUGACAGCUUGCUGGGUGUGCUGCCUAAGCUGUGGGAGUUCAGUGGGAAGACAGGAACAGGGGAGGGGGCAUGGCAGCACGUCAACGUGCCUAUCGGAGUCAGAAAACAUCGCUUCCAGCUGGCGUUUGAAGCUCGCGCUGUGAAACUUUGUCCUUGCGCCAAGAUUAAAGUGAAAAACGUUCGCUUUGUCAACUGUCAUGCUGACUAUUUUCCAUCUUCUCCAACAGGUAACUCUCAUAACUAUUUACAGUAUACAUACAUGAUGCAUACUUUCACCUUUUACCUAGAAAUGUCUCAAUGCUUGGAUUACAUGGUUUUUUUUUGGCCAGCACUAUCAUGUAACUUUGAAGAUGGACUGUGUGGAUGGUAUCAGGACAACAGUGACAACUUCGACUGGACGCUGCUCGAUGGGAUGGACCACACCAUCGGGAUCGGCAGAAGCCUUGUUGUGGACAUGUGGAGUCCUUCUCUGCGCGGUGUGUUCGGACGCUUAGUGUCAUUCACACAGUUACCAGCUCCCACAGAUUACUGCCUGUCCUUCUUCUACAAACUCUACGGGCCGAACACAGGUGCUCUGAAUGUGAAGCUCUUAGAUAACAGCGGUUAUGAGAGCGUCCUCUGGACCCGCAGUGGAGCUCAUGGCAACGUGUGGCACGAAGCCCACUGCCCAGUACCACACCAGCUCACAAACUUUCAGCUGAUGUUUGAAGCGGUUCGCUCUGGUUUUGACGGGCGCGUGGCCAUUGACGAUGUGGCGUUCGUGGGCCGUCCGUGCACCGUGCCGAGGAUGUGUUCCUUUGAAGGCCAGCGGUGUGGGUACAGCAGCUCUGGUAAAGUUCACUGGCUCCACCGCAGCGGAAACACCGCCACGACGCCCGGACCCAAAACCGACCACACUCUGGAGACUGAACUGGGUUUCUACAUGAUGGCUAACACCGGAGCAAACAUCCUUCCUUCUGGUGGUACGGCAGUCCUCACCUCCCCUGUUCGCAAAGGAACCGCCAAGACUGAGUGCGUCCAUUUCUGGUAUCACAUGGGAGGAGUGAAUCCUGGUUCUCUGACAUUGUAUAUGAAGCCGGUGAAGGGAGAAAGGGUGAAGAUCUUCUCUGACAGUCUGAACCAGGGAGAUGUCUGGCGCCAUGGCAACAGCAACAUCUCGAGUGCCCUUGUGGACUGGCAGUUGGAGUUUGAGGUGGUCGGAGCCGGAGGCAAAGACACUCACAUUGCAGUUGAUGACAUCUUCCUUUCAGCUCACCCAUGCGAAGAUCAAGGUUCUAAGUGCAGUCUGGAGAGAGGGAUGUGUAGCUGGAGCAACACGCAAAACAUCAAAGUAGAUAAACUGGACUGGGAGUUGACGAGCCAGGAGGCAGAGAGGCACUACUCCACCCCACAUGAAGACCACACACUGGGCACAGAGAGAGGUCACUUCCUGUUCUUUCCAAGCAGCAACCGGACGGCAGCCAAUCAAAAUGCUCAGUUGCUGAGCCCUCACCUGCCCCCAACUAAGGGCACCUGCCUGAAAUUCUGGGCCUACAAGCCGUACUCAUCGGACAGCGAGCUGAGGGUGUGGAGUCUGACUGAAGGUCGUCUCCAUCAGCUGCUGGUGGUGAGUGAACUGGGAGGACCGUGGAAACGCUUUGAUGUCAACAUCACAUCUACUGAAGAAUACCAGAUUGUGUUUGAAGGAAUCAAAGGCACAUCGGGUGUUGUAGCUCUGGAUGACAUUGAGUACACCGUCGGCGUCAACUGCGCUAACAAAGUCACAGAUGCACUGACAACCUCACCAAACGGAGACAACGCAGGAGGGACUGCAGCGUCCGUCAUCGUGGUCCUGCUGCUGAUCGGCACAUUGAUCGCCCUGCUGAUUUACUACCUGCGGACCCGACAGAGAAUCAAGGCCGUGACCGGUCCAUCGACAUCAUCUUCCUCGCCUGGUGUUGGUUUCCACAAUGAAACAUAUGAACCAGAAUUCACACAAGACAAUGUGAUGGUUCCACCAGCACAAAACCAUCCGAUGGCAGCUGGCUUCAAUAAUGUCUCCGUCUCUGCUGAUGUCAGAGAGAUGGAGGUGGCGUGAGGCAGGAGGAGCGGUGUUUCUGCCACCUAAAGGUGGCUUUGUGAAAUGAAGGCGAUAUCACAGCAGAAGAACUGCUUGUGUCGCCCUUACAUGACACACACACACACACACACACACACACACACACACACACACACACACAAACUCACAUACACAAAACACAAGCCCACAUACUGAAACACUGAUGAAGGCCUAAUCGGUGCAGCUGCCUCAGAUCUGCUGGAGCCCUUGAGGGUUGCAGCUCUCUGCCUGUGGACGGACAGAUGGAAGUCAGAAGAAGAUGUCUAACGUGUCAUGGAUGGAAAAGUAGUUUAACUUUCUUUAUUUAAAUCGAGAUUGGGCAUAACCCAUGAAUAGCAAAAAUGGUUGGCGAUGUAGGAUCCAUCCGGAUCUGUGAGGAAGUUCCAGCAGUUUCAGGUCAAGUGCAACACUGAAUCAUGUUAGUUUAGUUUAAGGAGAACUCCGCAGGUUGGGCUCCUUUCUCAUGGCUUAGAGUGGCGCCACUUCCAUUUUACAUGUUAGAGCCAGUUAAUUAGUCAGAAGUAUUACUCAGCCUGUGAUAUCUGCUGUAUAAUGUCUUCUGUGCCUCUGGAGGAGUUUUGUCAAGAAAAUAACUCACUCAAUAACUCCUUAACCAGUUAUCUCGGCUUUAGCUCGGAGACUAUCCAUUUACAGCAGAAAGCCUGAACUGGGGACAUGGAGCUUGUGAGUUUACCAGGCAGAGGGUCUAAUGAAAGACACUAUUGAGUUGCAUUAUGGGAGUAGAGCUUGACUCACACUAGAGUAGAGCUUGACUAAAAAUCUGAUCAUAUCAUAUCUCCACCUCUAAUCUAGAGGUGGAGAUAUGUAAGAUAGAAAGGUUGUAGAGGAAGCCGGCAUGUACUGUGAUGCUACUGUUUGGAAAAAGACUGUAGGACAGAUGUAUUCUUUUGGAUGUGUUGCAGGGUUAACUUUACGCUGCUUUGGAACAAGAUAUAAUUGAGCUCUGAUGAUAAAUGAAAUAAAGUUGCGCAUUGAAA